AGAAAAAUAAAUGUGUUGCUUUACUUUUAAUAAUUUAGAAGAAAAGUUAUUUUAAAAAAAAGAAUAAAUUAGGAGAAGAAGUGUAUCGAUGAAUCAGAAAUUAUUAGAAAUUAAAAAGGAUGGCGAUGCAAUGUAGAAGAAGGGCAGUGUGGCGGUGGCUGUUACAACAACAAAGCCGAUCUUCCUCAUCCUCCGUCGUCGAUGUUCAACAACAACAACAAGAACAGGUUUUGGUUAAAGGAAAUGGAUACUCCAGAUUCGCUCUUCUCAAUAGACCCUCCGCUCUCAAUGCCAUCAACACCUCCAUGAUCUUUCAGGCGGCAAGACUGCAUCAACUUUAUAAAAAUUGGGAGGAUAACCAUGAUAUAGGCUUUGUCAUGCUCAAGGGCAGUUCCCCCCGGGCAUUCGCAGCUGGUGGAGAUAUUGUCGCGCUUUACCGUUUUAUCAAACAUGGGAACUUGGAAGCCUGCAAACAAUUUUUUAGAACAAUAUAUAGUUUUAUAUACCUCAUAGCUACUUAUUUGAAGCCACAUGUAGCUCUUCUCAAUGGCAUUACCAUGGGUGGUGGGGCAGGAAUUUCAAUCCCUGGUACAUUCCGAGUUGCAACAGACAAAACUGUUUUUGCUACCCCUGAAGUUCUUAUUGGAUUCCAUCCUGAUGCUGUAGCAUCUUUUUACCUUUCACGUCUACCUGGUCACUUAGGAGAGUACUUGGCUUUGACAGGGGAAAAGCUCAAUGGAGUAGAGAUGGUUGCCUGUGGGCUUGCAACACACUAUUCGCUACUUGCAAAGCUUCCACUAAUCGAAGAACAGCUGGGGAAAUUGGUUACCGAUGACCCGUCUGUCAUAGAAGCCACUUUAGAACAGUAUGGUGAUCUCGUACACCCAGACAGUAGUAGUGUUCUACAAAGGCUUGAAAUUGUAGAUAAAUGCUUUUGCCAUGACACAGUUGAAGAGAUUGUUGAUGCAGUGGAAGUUGUGGCAAGUGAAACAAAAGAUGCAUGGUGCAUUUCUACCCUAAAUAGACUUAAAGAAGCUUCUCCGUUGAGCUUGAAGGUUUCUUUGAGAUCUAUACGAGAAGGUAGAUUUCAGACCCUUGACCAGUGCUUGUUGCGUGAGUACCGAAUGACUUUACAAGCAAUAUCUAAACAGAUAUCUGGUGACUUCUGUGAGGGAGUGAGGGCACGUGUUGUGGACAAGGACAUGGCACCAAAGUGGGAUCCUCCAACUUUGGAAAAGGUGUCUCAAGAUAUGGUGGAUCAGUACUUCUUACCUCUAACGGAAUUUGAACCUGAUUUAGAGCUGCCCACAAAAUCCCGAGAAGCAUUUUUGUAGCUUAUCUUUCUCCCACGGUCCUUAUAGAAUUGGACAAACAGAUAUUCAGCAUUGAUAUGUUGCAAGGAAAAGAUCAACCAAGAACUUAUUGACAAUCUUAUGGCCAUUGUAGCUACUGGAUUACCACAAGUAGAUUGUAAAUGCUCUGGAUUGUGAAACAGUUUAGUCUAUGUUUGGCUUAGAGGAAUGUCUCCCUCUGGGCCUGUUUAUAAUUACUUACAUGGUAUUCGUAGAACAAUUAAUUUCCUGAAAAUAAAAUUAGGAUGAAAAUGUGUGGGACAAAUUUUGGAAUACUAAUACAGGCUCAGCCAAUGAUAUUAUUUUUGCCUGUAUGAUAAAGCCUUAUGAGAGGGCAUCA